CGCCAGGUCCCCGAGCGCAGGAGGAAGGCCCGUGCUACUUUCCAUUCCCGGCGCUCCUUUACGGGACUGAGCAGCCUGGCGCAAGCGAAAACAAACAGCUGGGGCUGGUAGCGCCCCCGCCCCGGCCUCGAGAGCACGCCGGACCCGGCUCCCACCCUGGGCGCCCGGCUGCCCACCAUGAGGAAGAUCCGAGCCAAUGCCAUCGCCAUCCUGACCGUAGCCUGGAUCCUGGGCACUUUCUACUACUUAUGGCAGGACAACCGAGCCCACGCAGCCUCCGGCGGCCGGGGCGCGCAGAAGACCGGCGGGAGGCCAGAGCAGCUGCGCGAGGACCGCACCAUCCCGCUCAUUGUGACAGGAACACCCUCAAAAGGCUUUGAUGAGAAGGCAUACUUGUCAGCCAAGCAGCUGAAGGCUGGAGAGGACCCCUACAGGCAGCAUGCCUUCAACCAGCUGGAGAGCGACAAGCUGAGCCCAGACAGGCCCAUCCGGGACACUCGCCAUUACAGUUGCCCAUCGGUGUCCUACUCCUUGGACCUGCCAGCCACCAGCAUCAUCAUCACCUUUCACAAUGAGGCCCGCUCCACACUCCUGCGCACGGUGAAGAGUGUCCUGAACCGAACUCCUGCCAACUUGAUCCAGGAGAUCAUCUUAGUGGAUGACUUCAGUUCAGACCCUGAAGAUUGCGUGCUCCUGACCAGGAUCCCCAAGGUCAAGUGCCUGCGAAACGACCGGCGGGAAGGGCUGAUCCGAUCCCGAGUUCGAGGGGCAGAUGUGGCCGCAGCUGCCAUCCUCACCUUUCUGGAUAGCCACUGCGAAGUGAACACGGAGUGGCUGCAGCCCAUGCUGCAGCGGGUGAAGGAGGACCACACCCGUGUAGUGAGUCCCAUCAUUGAUGUCAUCAGUCUGGAUAAUUUUGCCUACCUGGCAGCAUCUGCUGAUCUUCGUGGAGGAUUCGACUGGAGCCUGCAUUUCAAGUGGGAGCAGAUCCCUCUGGAGCAGAAGAUGACCCGGACAGACCCCACCAGACCCAUAAGGACACCUGUCAUAGCUGGAGGAAUCUUUGUGAUUGACAAGUCUUGGUUUAACCACUUGGGAAAAUAUGAUGCCCAAAUGGACAUCUGGGGGGGAGAGAAUUUCGAGCUCUCCUUCAGGGUGUGGAUGUGCGGUGGGAGUUUGGAGAUCGUCCCCUGCAGCCGAGUGGGCCACGUCUUCAGGAAGCGGCACCCCUACAACUUCCCUGAGGGCAAUGCCCUCACCUACAUCAGGAACACCAAGCGCACAGCAGAGGUGUGGAUGGAUGAAUACAAGCAGUACUACUACGAGGCCCGGCCCUCGGCCAUCGGGAAAGCCUUCGGCAGUGUGGCCACUCGGAUUGAGCAGAGGAAGAAAAUGGACUGCAAGUCCUUCCGCUGGUACUUGGAGAACGUCUACCCUGAGCUCACUGUCCCGGUGAAGGAAGUACUUCCUGGCAUUAUUAAGCAGGGGGUUAAUUGCUUAGAAUCCCAGGGCCAGAACACAGCUGGGGACUUCUUGCUUGGAAUGGGGAUCUGCAGAGGGUCUGCCAAGAAUCCCCCACCAGCCCAGGCAUGGCUGUUCAGUGACCAUCUCAUCCAGCAGCAGGGGAAGUGCCUGGCUGCCACCUCCACCUUAAUGUCCUCUCCUGGGUCCCCAGUCAUACUGCAGGUGUGCAAUUCAAGAGAAAGCAAGCAGAAAUGGAGGAGAAAAGGAUCUUUCAUCCAGCAUUCAGUCAGCGGCCUCUGCCUGGAGACGAAGCCUGCCCAKCUGGUGACCAGCAAGUGCCAGGCUGACGCCCAGGCCCAGCAGUGGCAGCUGCUGCCACAUACAUGACAGUAGCCCCAGGGCCUCUUGUACCUUUUGCAUGAGACUUUGGGACCGGAAGGGGGUUGGGGUGGGAGUGUCAAGCGGGGCCGUUUCCAUCUCCUCACAUCUCUGCCGGAGUCAUCAGCAAACACCCUGCCACGACACACAUUACUCCAAAGCUCGUUCCAGGGAGGGCGCACAGGGGCACACCCAGUGUCCUUUAUGCCUCCCUGGCCUUGCCCUGGGAGAGGAGACGGUCAGGGUGCCAGACUGUUGCUGGCUAGGGACUUGGCAAGUGUCCCUGGCCUUUUGUCCUCUCCCUUGGCCCUACAUGGGGCUCAAACAGUGGUGUGUGGAAGAUCCCCCUGUUGCCUGGGGGUGCGAAGGACAGAGGCCCUCAGAGGGRCCCAGUGGGGACAUGGGGCCUGCUAGUGGGGACAGCCUGAGAGGAGAAAGUGGGCAGCCUGUAGAGAGGCUUAAGGCUGGGAAGAGAGGGACAGAGAGGAGAGAGGCCACCUGUAGGGGCAGGUAGAGAACUGGAAGGAGCUGAGAAGUUUGGGGCCCUGAGAAAUGCCAGACCCAGGGGUUGGGUGUGGGAGGCUUGGGAUCCUGGGAGCAAAGGGCGGAGCCUUCRCAGGAGACCAUGGAUGGAGGAGCAGCAAAGCAACAAAAGACCAACGUCUCUUUCCCAGGUGCCAUCCUGCCCACCUUCACCAGUCCCUAGGCCUGAGCCGCACACAUGCCUCCAGCCUUAAUGCUGAUCUAGCAGGAGGCUGCAGAGGGAUCUUUGAGGGCAGACUUGGGGUGCAGCUUAUUAAACAGACUCCACUUCUGUUUGGCCACGUGUCAGGCUGAGACCUCUCUCUUGGGCCAUCAUGACCAGCUGGUGCCCUGUCCCCCYGCCUGGGCCCAGUGGGGAAACAGGCAGAUGUCAUGCACCCUUGAGCAGCCCCACCCUCGUUUGUGGUUUUGAACCCUGCUUUCUCAAGGUCUUUGUCUCUGUAAAUACUGCGUCAUGGGUCAGGGUGGCCGAUAAGAAUGUGACUUCCUUUCGGAGUAUGAACACCCCCUGAGUCACAAGGGGCUAGUCACCUGGCUAAACGGCACUCUCAGUUCCUUCUACUUACAGGAGGGAUUCCCUUGAAAGGUCAGCCAUURCACUUGGCCAGGAGGCUGGCUGUGGAGAAUUCCCAGUUCCCCCAUGGCCUUGUCUUGGGAUUCUUCCUGCUGUUCCCUCAAGCACCUGACCCCAACCACUGGCUUGGGCAGUAUGAUCUGUUGGUACCAGGACCCCUGGGGUCUCCCUCCCAAAGCAAACAGCCUGGGGCACAUGCUUCUACCUCAGGAGCACCCAGUCUUUCAUAGAAGAGAGCCACACUCUAGAGAGUUCAUGCAUUCCAGAAGGUCUAGGAAUUUCCAGAAAUUGUCCCCCAAAUGGUGUGUGUUUGUGUAUAUGUGUGUGUGUAUGUGUGUGUGUGUGUGUGUGUGCGCAUCUUCCUGGGGAGAGUGACCCAGGAAAAGAGGAUUUCCCUGGCUUCUUAAAGAGGUCCCUGAUCUCAAAGGGUCUAGGCCUCUGCUCUGGACUGGAGCUAUUUGACCUGCAGCUCCCCUCUCCCAACCUUCCUCCCUGCUGCACCCAAACUGCCAUCACCCUGUUCCCUCCACGUGGCCCUUGGGGUUGGAAGCCAAGUGUUCAUGGUCCCCAGCACCCACUCUGGARGGUUCUCCAGCAGUGUCCUCUUGCCUCCUGGCUCUCGCCAGCACUCUCAGCAGGUAUAAGUGCACCCCUGGACUCACAGUGUGGGGGUCCUUUGCCUCAGUGGCCACACUUCUCUCAUUCUCUGAUGUGGAGUUUCAUCCACCGCCAUUUGUGAGCCUGGCUUCAGAUCCCCUGUUCAUCCAGGAAGCUCCUGCUGUGGGCUAGAAUAGAACCAGGGUUGGGGCGAGUCCUCUCCCUAGAGCCUAGGCCAUGUUCAGGCGUGGCCCUUGGGGGCCAGGAGCAUGAGCUCUUGAAUGUAAGGACUGCUGCUCAGAGGGCCUUUGAGAGGGUCUYGCCCUCAUUUCCAUGGUCAGCCAGGCUCUGGACUUCUCAGCUGUCCUGGGUGGGGACUUGGCCCACUCUGUUUUUGCUUUUCCUCUUCUUGACCAAAGCAUGUGCCACUAGCUGUCCUUGAGGACAUUGUCUUUAUGAAACACACCUGGA